GGAAGUCAGUGCCAGGCAGAGCUCACCUCUCCCGCCAGAGUCAUGCCAGCGCGGGCCCUGCUGCCCAUCCUGCUCCUCUGUGUGCUGCUGCGACAGGCCGAGGGAGCGUUCCGUGGCCAGAGGCGGACACAGAGAACACAGCUACCCACAGAAAUCAAGGUGUGUGAGAAGCCCACCAACAUAUACAUGUGCAGACGCAGAUGUGAGUAUCACCAAGAGUGUCAAGCAAACAACAUCUGCUGUUCCACCUUCUGCGGGAACAUUUGCAUGAGCCUCCUGUGAGAUGGAGAGGGGCCGGGAAGGGGCAUCCCGCUCCCCUGACCCUCUGUUCAGGGACGGUGCCCGCCACCAGGCACGGGGACCUCAGAUCCCACGCUCAAGGCUGUCUGCAGGAGUGUCACUCGCCCCACUGUCUGAACUACUCGUUCCUGGCAAAUAAACGAGAACA